AUGUGGCCAUUCUACGUGGCCUUGCUGCUCUCGGCAUUACGUAAGUUGAACAUUAUUUAGCUCUUCCAAAAGAUCAAAAUAUUCCUUUUGAAUAGGUAUUUUUGUGUGUUCUAAUCGCUUCCUCAUUGUCGUUUUAGCUGGGUAUCACGCCAACGAAUUGAGUAGAUGCUGUGCUGGAGGAGGUCGCCAUUACCGAGAACAGAAGGCUUGCACUGGUCUGAAGGCAGAAGGAUCUUCUCCGACAUGUUCACGGACAGCUGCAAUAUGUUGCCUGAGGGCGUCUUUAGAGAAAAGUUGUCAACUUGGCCAGGAAAUGGCCGUCAAUUACGGGUAUUGUUCGAAUACGGUCAAUGUUCUCGGUGGGGGCCUGCGGAAGGUAAGAAAUUUAAUUUUUGGCAACGCUUUCAUAACGGGACGAUUUUAAAAAUCCUUGCAAUUUUCAUUGAUGCAAGGCGCGUGGGUUUUACUUUUUUGGACCUCGUCGCAGAAACCUCGCAUUUUUUUACAAAGAUUUAUGGGUAAAAGUAAUACUAUAGUAAUAUCCGAAAUGAAAUCGGCCCAUUAUGGACGGAAUGUUUUAUUGUUUAUUAGACUUUAUAGCUUAAUAAUUUAGGAGUGUUGUGAUUGUUGUCUCUUGGCCAAAGAAUUAUCGAUAAAUAAUGAGAACUGUGAGGCGCCGACUGGAUUCAGCGCUGCUUGUCUCAGUUCAUUCAACAAAUGUUGCAAGUCUGACGCUUCCAAGAACGGUAAUACUCACUAGUUCUAAGUGUAAUUUGGUGCCAGUUCUGAUGAUGCAUUUCCAGAAGUAGUCCCCGACCCCAUCCCGGUCUCUUUGGGCGAUCAGUGUGCCUCUUCCAGUUGCGAGCACUUUUGUAGCGACAAGAAUGGAGACGGCGUUGAAUGUUCUUGUCGUCCCGGCUUCGAUCUCGGCCCUGACGGUCGCUCUUGCAUCGGUUGGUUUUCCCUCAAUCCCAUCGCACUUAUCCUCUCUGCUUCUGUACCGCACUCUCGUUUCAAGCGCUCUAUCAAUCCGUGUGAUCGUCGUCCCCUGGGGCCAUGUCAUCCCGAAAUGGAAAGAUGUGUGCCCUUAGGGGCGACGAGUUAUAGAUGUGAAAUGUUGCCGGCGAAUAUAAUCGCGUCGAGGGUACGGCAAAUGGAGAAGCCGGUGGAUCGGAAUCAUUGCCCCAGAGGAUUCCAAUGGAACGGUCGCCAGUGCACAGGUCAGGGAUACGAAAAGAAUGAGGUGGCCGCUGACGGCGAUGACUAAUUCAGUGUUGUGUGGUGAAUGUUGUGAACGAAGCAGAGAGAAAAUAAUUUGCAGUUAUGUACAAACCAUGACAGAUAUCGACGAAUGCUUCGAGUUUGGCGAUGAAAUGUGUCUCGAACCCAACACCCAAUGCUUGAAUUCGGCCGGGUCUUUCCAAUGUGUCUGCAAGAUGGGAUUUUAUUGGAGUCAUGCCGGCCAAGUGUGUGUAGGUACAUAAAACUCCGGCUUCAUUGCUUUAACUCUUGUGCUUUGACCUCUAACAACAUCAAUUAAUAACAUUUCUCAACUAAUAUAUUAACUUAGAUAUUGAUGAAUGUCUUAUUGGGGCUGAUUGUUUGGAAUCCCAGCGCUGUUUGAAUACUCCCGGUUCAUAUAAAUGUAUCAGAACCCUGACUUGUGGGACUGGCUAUGCCCUGGACAGUGAAACUGAUCAAUGUGUGGGUGAGGUGACUGACAUUAACCCUCAAAUCGACUAGAUUUAUAUUAACCAUCAUAGUAUUGCAGACGUGGAUGAAUGUAAUCUUGGAUCCCAUGAUUGUGGCGCUUUAUAUCACUGUAGAAAUACUCAAGGAAGUUAUCGAUGUGAUGCCAAGACAUGUGGUCCCUCUGAGAUUAUGAAUCCGAAGACCGGAGAAUGCACUUCCGUCAAUUGCCCCUCAGGCUAUGAAGUGAAGAACGGAAGUUGUGCAGACAUUGAUGAGUGCAAAACAUUGAGAAGAUGCGGGUUUUAUGAGGAAUGCAUCAAUCUGCCAGGCUCUUAUAGAUGUCAGGAAAAGGGAAAUCUCUGUGCUUCUGGAUUCAGGAUGGACAAAGAAUCCGGAUUCUGCUUGGGUAAGGAUGAUAUCAUACUAAUCCUCAUAGCAAAUCUCUUUACAACGAAUCGCAAAGUACAGAAAGAAUAUUUGUCAUAGAAAGGUCUCGCUCUACGGGAUUUCGUGGUACACUUCACGUCUGAAACCCACUAUGUUUGAAAGUCCGUCUGCAAAAAAAUGUGACUUCCCUUGUAAGCGGACCUCCGCACAACGAAACCUCUCUAUAAAGAAUCGUUUUUCGGCCACUUGUUGUACAGAGGUUUGACUACAGUAAUACUUAAAAUAUAAUAUUCUCUAAAUGAAAUCUUCACGUCAGAUGUGGACGAAUGCUCCACCGGAGAGCAUUCUUGUAACGAUCUCCAAUGCAUAAAUCUCCCCGGAAGUUUCAAAUGCAGAUGUUCAGCUGGUUUCGAGUUCAAUGAGACCACCAAAUUGUGCGAAGAUGUGGAUGAAUGUCUCAAAUUCAAGGGUCAUAUCUGCUCUCAACAUGCCACUUGUGAGAAUACAAUCGGCUCUUUUAUUUGUCAUUGUAAUAAGGGAUAUCAGUUGGCACCAGACGGGCGUCAUUGUGAUGGUAAGAGGCUGCUGUGAGCAUUUUGUUAUCCUUUAGAUAUCGACGAAUGUGAGACUGGACAAGCUCGAUGUCAACAGAGGUGCGUCAACACUCCUGGCAGCUAUCAAUGUGUCUGUAACCGAGGGUAUCAAUUGGGAUUGGAUGAGCGGACCUGUGAAGACAUCGAUGAGUGCUCCACUUGGGCGAGAUCUGGUGAGAAUCAUAUAAAAUCGUGUAUAAUAUGAAUGUUUACACGAUUUAAGGGCAAGAAUUGUGUAUGGGAAGUUGUAUUAAUACUCCGGGAAGCUUCAAAUGCACUUGCCCAUUGGGUUACGCCCUCUUGGAUGACAAUAUCACCUGCAAAGAUAUAGAUGAGUGUGCUUCCACCGGAUGCCCUGAUCCCAAUUCGGUCUGUGUAAAUACUUUGGGUGGCUAUCGCUGUCAGAAGAUAGAAUGUCCGGACAAGUAUGUCCCUGAUAAGCAUUACAAAAAGUAAGUGGUCUUAUUGUUACAUGGGUGAUUGUCUAAUAUCCUAACUUUAAUUAAAUUGGUAACCCGGAUUGCAGUCGCUGUGUGAGAGAUGGCUCUCAAUGUGUGGAUGCGUUGUCUGAUGAAUGUAAAAACAGUCCAGUUCACAUCUCCUGGCAACAUAUUUCCAUCCCCAAACAAGUGAACAUCUCUAGUCAGCGGACUUCGAUCACUUUGUUCAGCAUGAAGGGACCCUCUUCGUCAAAGGCCAAUAUGCAAUUUGAAUUGCGAAUUGUGGAUGUUGUGCCAGGUAUAACGCUAUUCUUGAAUACGCAUCUUUAAGAGUCCUCAAGUGUGAAUCCAGCGGUGAGGGAGAACUUCUUGCUCCAGAAGGGCGAUGACCGAAACAGUGCCAUAAUUGCCCUGAGGGACUCUUUGGAUGGGCCUCAAGAAGUUAUAUUAGAACUCACUCUCCGACUAACAACUAACGGUCAUUUCACGGGAAAAUAUGUAGCCAAUCUCGUCGUAUACGUGUCCCCAUACAAGCAUACCCAGACUCACCGUCAUCUUACAAAACAUCAUCAUCACCACCAUCUGCACAAGAGUUUCCAUUUCUAA